AUCAAACAGACGAUCGCGUCUUAGUACCAUGUCAUUAAGCUCAGUUACACCCCAAUACGGGAUUGUCCAUACAUAUGGAUUCAAUUUAACUGCAUUUGAAUUUACGUCGGAAGGGAAAUUGGCUUCUAAUAUACUCUUAUUUGUUGGUGGGCUCGGCAACGGGCUUUUGAAUGUCCCUUAUCUUCCAGAACUAUCACAUGCUGCGUCAACCCAAUUCAAAUCCCUAGACGGUGAAUCAUGGAGUUUGGUCCAAGUGCUAUUGUCUUCGGCCUAUUCAGGCUGGGGUACAUCGUCUCUUGAACGCGAUGUUCGGCAAUUAGAGCAAGCAAUCAAGUAUUUCCGAUCCGAUAAAGGGGGAAAUCGAAAGAAAGUUGUGUUGAUGGGUCAUUCAACUGGUUGUCAAGACACAAUAAAAUACUUAACUCAAUCGAAACAUCUGAAACAUGGAGAAAUCCAAGGGGGUAUUCUACAAGCCCCAGUAUCAGACAGAGAGGCAUUUAGACAUGGUCGUGACGUGACGGAAUUCGAAAAGUUGGUUCAAAAUGUCUACGAUAACUACAUAUCCCAAGGAAGAGAAAAAGAACUUUUACCCGAGAAAUACCGUAAAAUACUGUUCAAUACUCCUAUAACUGCUUAUAGGUUCUACUCUUUAGCUAGCGAAAGAGGAGAUGAUGAUUAUUUUUCUUCUUAUUUGACUGCAGAGGACUACAAGGAGUCAUUUGGUAAGGUUGACAAACCCAUCCUUGUGUUAUAUUCUGGUAACGACCAAUUUGUUCCGGCAUAUGUUGAUAAACAAAAGUUAAUUGAUACUUGGAAACUGGCUACUGCUGAUCAAUACUGGAGUCCUUACAGCAAGGUACUUGAAGGGGGACUACAUGAUUUAGGAGACGGGUCCACUAACAACGCAAUACCAGAUCUCGUAGAAUCAGUCACAAGCUUUAUUUCCACCUUAUAAUUUCAGUUUGGUUAUUUCGUGAUUGCAACAUCAUAAAAAGGUAUUACAACAAAUAUAUACCCAUUCGACUAUUUAGAACAAUUUAGUAACCUUAAUUUAAAUUUGAAAUGCUUUCUAUAAGAAAUAAAUAUUCCUAUUC